AUGGCUUUGAAUCCUACCACUCGUGAGAUCGAGGAAAAUAGAAGAGCCAUGGAUGCCAUGAGGCGUGAUAAUAAUGCAAGUCUUGAAAGGCUUGAGAGAAGAUCGGCCGAGACCAAUGGCAAAGGAGCACCACCAAGUCCGCAUGGGCAAAGGCAAGAGGUCUUUGUUGAUGGAGUCGAAACAAGUGUCACGAGCUCCAUGCAUGAACCACCAAGACCCGAGUAUAGGAGAGGUGAACGGGUUGAGAAUGACCAAGUAGUCGUGGACAGGUGGAUCCGUGAUGAUGUCCACCAUUCUAGAAGUCCAAGUAUUUUGAGAGAACCUCAAGAUGUGAGGUUUGAAGUUCCAAGAUUUGAAGAGCAUCACAAGGCCGAGUAUGACUUUAGCCAUGGGGGACUGAAUGGUCAUGAUGACCAUGCCCAUAGAAGACACUUCAAUCGAGGAAGAGAAAGGGGCCAUAGAAACCGAAGGCAUGAGGAAGACCACUAUGAUGAUAGAGUUGGAAACCGGGCACAUGACCGGGGACCAAGAAGGCCAAAGGAGGUUGAAAGGAGUGCAUCAAAACUGAAGCCAUAUGAAGUAAAAAAGUUAUCUAGAGAAGAGGUGCAAGAGAGGAUUAAAAAUGGGCUUUGCUUCAAGUGUGGUGACAAGUGGAGUAAAGAACACAAGUGUAAGGCCGGACAAGCUUAUGUGAUGCUUGAAGAUGAAACAAUUGAAGAAGAGGAAGAAGACGGCCAUGUAGAGACAACUAGUGAGGAGUCGGAACUUGAAGAGGCCAAAUCUAGUGAACCACUAGAGGAGGCCGAAUUGUCUUUAAAUGCAAUUUCGGGUGUACCUUGA